AUGUCGAAUUAUCAAAAGUCUGCACCUCUGAAGCAAGGUACAGAGAGUCCCGAACCUCAUAAAAGUCCAGAGCCAAGCCGUACACAACCAACACGCAGGCCUUUAGACGCUCCUAAACCAUCCAAUAGACAAGAUCCAAACCAAAAUUCAUAUCCAACAAAAACAAUCAAUCAGAAACAAUUAGAUAGUUCAUGCUAUCGUCUUUCACGCGUUCCACAUAAGUUUACAACCGCAAAAGUUAAUAAAGCAGAACAAGGAAACUUCGCUGAGCAGUAUUACAAUUCUCCAGAUAAUGAAAUUGAUAUACGCCCACCAGAAGAGAAACUUAAGGAUGUCGAUGCUAAGCUUGGCGAUGAAAACGCUGAAAUUGAAUCUGAUGAGAGGUUCGACCUUCUUAUCCAACAGAAGCAAUUAAGAAUUCUUGUUUACGGUGAAAACUCACCAGAAGUUAUCCAAUCGAUGACUGCUAUUGGCAGUUUCUAUAAUUCGCAAGGAUUUUACACAAGUGCCAAUCGUAACCUUAGCAAGGCACAGUCAUCCGCAAAGAAUACAAAGUUGUCAGAAGAGGAUCAGUUUAAGCUGAACCUUGAACUCACAGAUGUUGCUCUUCAUUCAAGUUCCCAGAAUAAGAGUGAACAGCAAAAGAAAUUGUCUGAAGCCGAUAAAAUACUCUCACCAUACGCAGAAACAGAAACUUCUGAUCCUAAACUUGCUUAUCGCCGCGAUUUAUACAUUGCAGAUAUUCAUUCACAAAAAAAGAGGUACGAAGAAUCGUUACCAUUCUACGAACGUGCAGGAGAUAACUUCCCGCAAGCAAAUCCAGAAAAAACUAAAGAAAUGGCGGAAAUUUACGUAAGAGGUGCUCAAGCAGCUAACCAAGCCCAAAAUACAGAAAAGGAAAUCGAGUUUUAUAAGAAAGCUAUUGCUGUAUAUCAAGAACUUCAAAUGGAUGCAGAAGCUCAAAAAUUACAAGAAAAACUUCCUGCUGAACCAGCAGAAGGUGAAAAUGCAGAAGGACAAGAAAAUCCUGAUCAAGCACAAGAGAAUCAACCUAAGCAGGAUGGUUCUGCUCCACCUCCGGCUCAAAAUGCAAAUACAUCUCAAGGUUUGGGCCUCAAGCAACAAAUUGAAGCACGCGUUGAUGAUGAAAUUGAUAACAAGCCUGCUCCACAAGCAUAA